GGAACGAUGUGCCCAGCUCCCGUGGAGAAAGCUUAAAGACACCACGCCAAUUCCUUCCUUCCAAGAUGGAAAGAGGAGCUCCUAGCUCACUUAAGCCGGGGUAGGGCUGGUUCUCCUUUCCGAGCCAAAAUCCCAGGCGCUGGUGAAUUAUGAACGUGCCACACCAUGAAGCUCUUGUGGCAGGUAACUGUGCACCACACCUGGAAUGCCGUCCUGCUCCCCGUCGUCUACCUCACGGCGCAAGUGUGGAUUCUGUGUGCAGCCAUUACUGCUGCCGCCUCGGCCGGGCCCCAGAACUGCCCCUCCGUCUGCUCUUGCAGUAACCAGUUCAGCAAGGUGGUGUGCACCCGCCGGGGCCUCUCUGAGGUCCCUCAGGGCAUUCCCUCCAACACCCGGUACCUCAACCUCAUGGAAAACAAUAUUCAGAUGAUCCAGGCUGACACCUUUCGACACCUCCACCAUCUGGAGGUCCUGCAGCUGGGCAGGAACUCCAUCCGGCAGAUUGAGGUGGGGGCCUUCAACGGCCUGGCCAGCCUCAACACCCUGGAGCUGUUUGACAACUGGCUGACAGUCAUCCCCAGCGGGGCCUUUGAGUACCUGUCCAAGCUGCGAGAACUCUGGCUUCGCAACAACCCCAUCGAGAGCAUCCCCUCUUACGCCUUCAACCGGGUGCCCUCCCUCAUGCGCCUGGACUUGGGGGAGCUAAAGAAACUGGAAUAUAUCUCUGAGGGAGCUUUUGAGGGACUGUUCAACCUCAAGUACCUGAACUUGGGCAUGUGCAACAUUAAAGAUAUGCCCAAUCUCACCCCCCUGGUGGGGCUGGAGGAGCUGGAGAUGUCAGGGAACCACUUCCCUGAAAUCAGGCCUGGCUCCUUCCAUGGCCUAAGCUCCCUCAAGAAGCUCUGGGUCAUGAACUCACAGGUCAGCUUGAUUGAGCGGAAUGCUUUUGAUGGGCUGGCCUCGCUUGUGGAACUCAACUUGGCCCACAAUAACCUGUCUUCUUUGCCCCAUGACCUCUUCACCCCAUUGAGGUACCUGGUGGAGUUGCACCUACACCAUAAUCCUUGGAACUGUGAUUGUGACAUUCUUUGGCUAGCCUGGUGGCUUCGGGAGUACAUACCCACCAACUCCACCUGCUGUGGCCGCUGUCAUGCUCCCAUGCACAUGCGAGGCCGCUACCUGGUGGAGGUAGACCAGGCCUCCUUCCAGUGCUCUGCCCCCUUCAUUAUGGAUGCCCCUCGGGACCUCAAUAUCUCUGAGGGUCGGAUGGCAGAACUUAAGUGUCGGACUCCCCCUAUGUCCUCUGUGAAGUGGUUGCUGCCCAAUGGGACAGUGCUCAGCCAUGCCUCCCGCCACCCACGGAUCUCUGUCCUCAACGACGGCACCUUGAACUUUUCCCAUGUGCUGCUCUCAGACACUGGGGUAUACACAUGCAUGGUGACCAACGUGGCAGGCAACUCCAAUGCCUCGGCUUACCUCAAUGUGAGCACGGCCGAGCUCAACACCUCCAACUAUAGCUUCUUUACCACAGUCACAGUGGAGACCACUGAGAUCUCACCUGAGGACACUACACGCAAGUAUAAGCCUGUUCCUACCACGUCCACUGGUUACCAGCCGGCAUAUACCACCUCUACCACGGUGCUCAUUCAGACCACCCGUGUACCCAAGCAGGUGGUGGUACCCACGGCAGACACCAAUGACAAGAUGCAGACCAGCCUGGAUGAGGUCAUGAAGACCACCAAGAUCAUCAUUGGCUGCUUUGUGGCAGUGACUCUGCUAGCUGCCGCCAUGUUGAUUGUCUUCUAUAAACUUCGUAAGCGGCACCAGCAGCGGAGUACAGUCACAGCCGCCCGGACAGUUGAGAUUAUCCAGGUGGAUGAAGAUAUCCCGGCGGCAGCAUCCGCGGCAGCAACAGCGGCUCCAUCCGGUGUAUCAGGUGAGGGGGCAGUGGUGCUGCCCACAAUUCAUGACCAUAUUAACUACAACACCUACAAACCAGCACAUGGGGCCCACUGGACAGAAAACAGCCUGGGGAACUCUCUGCACCCCACAGUCACCACUAUCUCUGAACCUUAUAUAAUUCAGACCCACACCAAGGACAAGGUACAGGAAACUCAAAUAUGACCCCCCCUUCCCCCCAAAACUUACAAAAUGCGACAGAAUGCGCACACACACACACACACACACACAAAAAAAGACAGCAACUUUUGUACAGAGUGGGGAGAGACUUUUUCUUGUAUAUGCUUAUAUAUUAAAUCUAUGGGCUGGUAAAAGAAACAGAUUAUAUUAAAAUUUAAGAACAAAAAAUUAAAACAAAACUAUUUUCUAACUUGUAAGUUCUAUUUAAAGGGGGAGGGAGAAGGGGAUCUUGGGAACAUUGCGGGAUAGAAACCACAAGUCAACUUGCUAUGCUGCCAGGAGGGAUUUCUGGUAUAAGGUUGAAACUGCUAAGACAAAACCAACUCAAACAACAACAUACGUCCCUGAAGAGGGAGAGUGUAGGCUGCUGAGGAGGUAGGAGGGAUAGACAGAAUCUGUCAUUUUUUAGAAGAUGCUUCAUAGGAUAUAGGAAAUACCCGUUUCUACAGACAUCUUCCUUAAGCUGAGAGCCGUCUUUGCAGGUUUAUCUUCUUUAAAAAACAAAUAAAAUAUAUAUAUAUAUAUAUAUACAAAAAAAGCACCAAGAAUUUGUAUUGUGCCAAAAUGUUGAGAGGCAAUAAUUCUUUUUUUCUUCAGAGACCAUGGGGAAGUCAGACCUGUCAGCUUACUUUAGACAGGAAAACCACUACAGUUCCAAUGAAUCCUUAAAGGGGUUGAGUCUGUAGGUCUAUGUGCCCAGGUCUCCGGCUUGCGCACUGGGCACUGGGACAUGCGUGUGCCUUGCCUGACGGCGCUUCAGGAAGGAGCAGGGAGGGAAGGAGCUGGCUUAGCUCCGUCAGAUGCUUUCACACUGCACCAGAUCCUGCAGCUUGGCUUAACCCCCUCUGUGCAAGUCACGUGUGUAGUCAGGGUUUCCCAAGAGGCAGUGGCCCCUGAGGGGGGUGCGGCAGCAGGGAGAGGGUGGGAAGGGAGGGUAGGAGCCAAGGACGUAUUCACAGGAGGCCAUCAGUUAGCACGGGGCCAUGUCCACCUGUUGUUCUGGGUAUCUGACAAAUGAUUCUAGACAAUGAUUGCAUUUUACGAUUUUUUAAACAGGUCUUAUUUGUUUUAGGGUGGCAAGGGAGGAGAGGCUGGGUGUGGGGAGCUUGGGGGAGUGGAAGCUUUUCUCAUACCUGCGAUUUGGUGACUAUUCUAAAUGCUGAUUCAUUAGGGAUUAUUCCUGCUGAUGUCAACUGGUUGUGGGGACAGGGAGGGGGCACACCACAAGUACAGACAAAAAAAGAGAGACGGAAAGGGCACAGGCUCGUUCAAAGUAAUGAAGCCUUUCCCAACUAGGAUGGUCCACAAAAAAGACGUGAAAUCCACAGUUCAAAGUGUCACACGUGCUCACAAGCGAGUCCUGCGUUGGUGUCCUGUUGAAGGGGCACAGUAAGGGGAAGGCUUCCCUCUCCCAGGCCUGCCUCAGUAGGAGGGGGCACAGACGGGGCGGACGGGGCUGGGGAAGGCAGAGCUCUCUGUUGUUCUGGUCCAUUUAAUGAUGUAACUUCUUUCAUUUAUUAUUUUAGCUUUAAAACGAAAUAAAGCAUUCAGUUUUGAAAGGGGGUGGGAUGGGUG